AUGGAAAAACCUAUCUCUGACCAUGUUGUGCUAAUCAAUGAACAAAAUGACAACAUAAUUGGAGAAAACAAGCCCCCUUCUCCAAUCCGCACAAGAGUUCAAACCUUACGUGGUCUCAGCUUUUCGAAACCAAAAGCAAGAUCAGUAGAAUUCAACCUUAAUCCAGUCUAUCAUCGUUCUUUAUCUCAAUUAUCCGGUACUGAAAAUGAACCCUUGAAUAAGCCAAGUGGACAAAAUCCUUCUCCUAUUGAUGAUUGUGAUAGUGAUGAAGAAACCUCCGAAGAUGAAGAAGAAUUUGAAGAAGGGGAAGAAGAUGGAAAUGGCCAAGUCAAGAUGCUCAAAAAGAAGAAGAUCAAGAGUCAUUGCAGGGUUUUGGUUGAAUGGAUAUUGUUUAUCAUUAUCUUGACUUGCUUAAUAUGUUCUCUCACAAUUUCAUCUCUCAAGAAUAAACUCAAAUGGGGUCUUGAGAUAUGGAAAUGGUGCUUGAUGAUCAUGGUAGUUUUCAGUGGCAGAUUAGUGUCUGGAUGGCUAAUCAAAUUCCUAGUUUUUCUCAUCGAAAGAAACUUCAUGUUAAGGGAAAAAGUCUUGUAUUUCGUCUAUGGCCUUAGAAAGAGCUUCCAAAACUGUGUAUGGCUAGGCCUGGUUUUACUAGCAUGGACAUUUAUGUUCAACAUGGAAGUCCAGAAAAACAACAAAAUGCUCAAAAAAGUUUUCCAAGCUUUGGUGGCUGUAUUAAUCGGGGCAACAAUUUGGCUCAUCAAAAUUGUUCUAGUAAAAGUUUUGGCCUCAUCAUUUCACGUGGCAACAUAUUUUGAUCGUAUGAAGGAGAGUGUUUUCCAUCACUAUGUUUUGGAUACUCUUUCAGGGCCUCCCAUGGAUGAUGUAGCUUAUCAAAAAGCACAUCAUAAGACCUUGACUGCAUCGAAAUCGCUGCCGGCGAAGCUGAGUAAAUCCAAGAGUUUGAAGUUCAAAAGGGUUGGGACGAGGAGGAUUGAUAUGGAGAAGCUGAGGAAAUUGAGCAUGCAAAGUAGAGCUUCUGCUUAG